AUGGCCUCCAAGCGGAUCCUGAAGGAACUCAAGGACCUUCAGAAAGAUCCUCCAACUUCAUGCAGUGCCGGUCCUGUAGCAGAAGAUAUGUUUCAUUGGCAAGCAACUAUAAUGGGUCCCCCUGAUAGCCCUUAUGCUGGAGGUGUUUUUCUAGUUACCAUUCAUUUUCCUCCUGAUUAUCCAUUCAAGCCACCAAAGGUUGCAUUUAGGACUAAAGUUUUCCACCCAAAUAUCAACAGCAACGGUAGUAUUUGUCUUGAUAUCUUAAAGGAGCAGUGGAGUCCUGCUUUGACAAUAUCUAAGGUGUUGCUAUCCAUUUGUUCGCUAUUGACGGAUCCAAACCCAGACGAUCCCUUGGUGCCUGAAAUAGCUCACAUGUACAAGACAGACAGGUCCAAGUACGAGACGACUGCUCGGAGCUGGACUCAGAAGUAUGCAAUGGGCUAG